AGGCCAUGCCCACAUUAGAAAUAGGAGGAACGUCUGUGGCUUUCCCGUUCAACCCAUACGACUGCCAGCUGGAGUAUAUUGGUGGCGUGCUUGAAGCUCUCAAUGGUUCGAAGAAUGCCCUCCUGGAAAGCCCGACCGGUACCGGCAAGACGCUAUGCCUACUCACGGCCUCUCUCGCUUGGCAACAACGGAAUUCGGCCAUGGUAGCCUCCAAGCCUGCCCCUACACAGCUUGCGUACGACGAGCGACCGGUCACCGACCUGUCCCGCCCGCGACACGAGCAACAGCCGUACCAGGAGAACAAGCCUACCACAGCCGCGGCCAUGCCCUCCGUCAUCAUCUACGCCUCGCGCACCCACAGCCAGCUAGGCCAGGUGCCCGAUAUCGAGGAGCUUGUGUCGCUGGCCAAGAAGCACGAGUUUUGCCCGUACUACCUUGGUAGGGGGCACGCACCGCGUGCCGAGCUGGUGUUGAUGCCGUACAACUAUCUUCUCGACCCGGGAACACGACGAGGCAUAAAGAUCAACUGGACCAACGCGGUCGUCAUAUUCGACGAGGCUCACAACCUGGAGAGCGUGGCGAGCGAUGCCUCCAGCUUCGAGCUGACCAGCGCGCAGAUCGCGGGCGCUCAGGAUGAAGCUCUGAGGUGCCACAACCUAUGCACCGAGGGGGGCGUGGAUGAGGUGGGACGGGACGGGAUGGCCCGGGUAUGA